CACCGUUCUUCUUUUCCCCCCCUGCACGUCUUGCCAUUGGACUACUUCAUUGGAGCCAGUCUAUUUUAACCCCAAUACUCCGGAAUUGGAUACUUUCGAAUCUUUUAUUGACGAUCACAAUGACCCCUCCUCCCGCCAAACGCCAGAAGCGCGAUGAGUAUCGCAAGCAGGCAGUCGCUACGAACCCCGAGGGCAGCAGCGAGACAGGCCUCCCGACUCGAGUCAAGCUGCCCAAGAAGAAGUUCUACCGUCAACGUGCGCACGCGAAUCCUUUCUCGGACCAUCAGUUGCAAUACCCCCUCAGCCCGGCGCAUAUGGACUGGGCCUCGCAUUUCCCUGCCUACGUGAACCCAGACCCAUCACAGACGAACCUGAUUGGCACCCGCAAGCUGCUGAAGGAUGUUGAGGUCGUGGAUAUCGGGUGUGGAUUCGGAGGUCUGCUUGUCGGACUUGCGCCGUUGCUCCCGGAGACGUUGAUGGUUGGAAUGGAAAUCCGCGUCUCCGUCCUCGACUACCUGACCACUCGCAUCCAAGCCCUCCGCGCCCAGCAACAGCAACUCCAAGCCAACCAAUCCUCCACCACCACGACCACCACCACCACCACUACCGAUACCACCACGCAAGCCACCACAGAAGCAACAGAAACCACCAACGAACCCACCUCAACAGAGACACCCAACACCACAGAAUCCACCCCCAACGAUGAUAACAACAACACCAACGAACCCACAACGCUCGUCCCAGGCGGCUACCAAAACAUCACCGCGAUCCGCAGCAACACGAUGAAAUUCCUGCCCAACUUCUUCGCCAAGCACCAGCUCUCCAAGAUCUUCAUCUGCUUCCCGGACCCGCACUUCAAGGCCCGCAAGCACAAGGCCCGCAUCGUCUCGGAGACCCUCAACGCCGAGUACGCCUACGCCCUGCGGCCCGGCGGCCUGCUGUACACCAUCACCGACGUCGAGGAGUACCACCACUGGGUGCUCCACCAUUUCCGCGAGGGCGAGGACGAGGACGCCGCCGGCAGCGUCAAGGAGCUGUUCGAGCGGCUCACGGACGAGGAGCUGGCGAGGGAUGAGUGUGUGCGCGUCAUGAGCGAGGAGACCGAGGAGUCGAAGAAGGUUACCCGGAAUAAGGGGAACAAGUAUGUUGCUGUGUUUCGUCGGAAGGAGGAUCCUGUUUGGUCGGCUUAGAGUGGAGGUUUUCUUUGGGAUGAGGGUGGUAGUUGUUGUUCGGUUGGACACUUCCUCUUCUUCGUCUUCUGAAAGGAAACGUUUGGUUGGGAUUGAAAAAGUUAUGGAG